AUGGCGCCAAUGAGUUUGCCUCCAGGAUUCAGGUUUCAUCCAACAGACGAAGAGCUAGUGGCUUACUAUCUGGAUAGGAAGGUCAACGGCCGAACCAUUGAGCUGGAGAUCAUUCCUGAAGUUGAUCUCUAUAAAUGCGAGCCAUGGGAUUUGCCUGAAAAGUCAUUUCUGCCGGGGAACGACAUGGAAUGGUACUUUUACAGCACAAGGGAUAAGAAGUAUCCGAAUGGGUCGAGGACAAACCGUGCGACCCGAGCGGGUUACUGGAAAGCCACAGGGAAAGACCGUGCAGUAGAAUCAAAGAAGAUGAAGAUGGGGAUGAAGAAGACGCUCGUUUAUUACAGAGGAAGGGCUCCUCAUGGCCUUCGUACUAAUUGGGUGAUGCAUGAAUAUCGCCUCACUCACCCUCCUUCUUCUUCCUCCUCCUCCUCCUCCUCCUUCAAGGAGUCUUUUGCAUUGUGCCGAGUGUUCAAGAAGAAUAUACAAAUUCCAAAGAAAAAAGAAGAAGGAGAAGAAGAAGAGAUCGGUACUAGUGUUGGUAAAGAAGAGGAAGAAGAAGGGGAGAAGAAGUGGAGACAACGUGAUGGGAAUGUUGAGGAUAGGAUGGAAAGAGAAAGCCAAGAAGACGAGAGCUUGAAAAUAGUAUCGGCGGAGACAUCCUCAUCAGAGCUCACUCAUCAAGGGAUCCUUUUAGACGAAGCCAACAGCUCCUCCAUUUUCGCGCUUCAUUUCUCCUCCUCUCUUCUCGACGAUCAUGAUCUUCUUUUUUCAAACUACUCUCAGCUUCCUAAUUACCAUCCUCCUCUCCAACUCCAAGAUUUCCCUCAGCUUUCUAUGAAGGAAGCAGAGAUUAUGUCAUCAAUCGAUAUCUCCAGGCAACAAGAGUUUCAAUGCAGAGACUCAAUGAACGGGGCGCUUGACGAGAUCUUUUCUUUCUCUUCUUCCGCCACCUUCCCUGCUUCCCUUUAA